UUCACUCCUAGGCGCAAACCCAAACCCCACAAGUAGCCGUUGCCAAGCAGCUAGAUCAGCGUGCGCGACAAAGCAAGAACGAGGGAGACGCACGCACCGGCCGGUCGAGCUGUGCGUGCCCCUUCGUCGGAAAGGAAACGAGCAAAGGCAUCGUCCCCGACGUCGUCCACGCCGGCCGGACUGCCUCCGUCGCCGCCAUGGGCUCGUCGUUGAGCUCCUGCUGCGGUUCCGAGAAGGUCGAGCAAGUAGGGUGCGUGAGCGCGUCGUCCAUGAGCAGCACGUGGAGGAUCUUCAGCUACAAGGAGCUGCACGCGGCGACCAACGGGUUCAGCGAGGAGAACAAGCUGGGCGAGGGCGGCUUCGGCAGCGUCUACUGGGGCAAGACGCCUGACGGCCUGCAGAUCGCGGUGAAGAGGCUCAAGGCCACCAACAACUCCAAGGCGGAGAUGGAGUUCGCGGUGGAGGUAGAGGUGCUGGCCCGCGUGCGCCACCGGAACCUCCUCGGCCUCCGCGGCUACUGCGCCGGCGGCCCCGGCACCGACCACCGCAUGAUCGUCUACGACUACAUGCCCAACCUCAGCCUCCUCUCCCACCUCCACGGCCAGUUCGCCGCGGAGACCCGCCUCGACUGGCCCCGCCGCGUCGCCGUCGCCGUCGGCUCCGCCGAGGGCCUCGUCUACCUCCACCACGAGGCGGCGCCCCACAUCAUCCACCGCGACAUCAAGGCCAGCAACGUCCUCCUCGACUCCGACUUCGCGCCGCUCGUCGCCGACUUCGGCUUCGCAAAGCUCGUCCCCGAGGGGGUCUCGCACAUGACCACCCGCGUCAAGGGCACGCUGGGCUACCUGGCGCCCGAGUACGCCAUGUGGGGGAAGGUCUCCGGCGCCUGCGACGUCUACAGCUUCGGCAUCCUCCUCCUCGAGCUCGUCUCCGGCCGGAAGCCCAUCGAGCGGCUGCCGUCGGGGGCCAAGCGCACCAUCACCGAGUGGGCCGAGCCGCUCAUCGCGCGCGGCCGACUCGGGGACCUCGUCGACCCGCGCCUCCGGGGCGCGUUCGACGCCGACCAGCUCGCUCGCGUCGUCGAGUGCGCCGCGCUCUGCGUGCAGGGAGAGCCCGACCGACGCCCGGACAUGCGCACCGUCGUCCGCAUCCUGCGCGGGGAGGAUACCGAUGUGCCCGGCGGCAAAGGCGGCGACCGGCCGCCGGUGAGGAUCCAGAGCGUCAAGUACACGGACCACCUGAUGGAGAUGGAUAAGAGCAGCUCGUACUACGGCGAGCCUGAGGACGGCGACGAGGAGGAAGAUGACAUCGAUGACGAGGAGGAGGUGGAGGAGUACUCGUUGAUCGACGACAAGAGCAGCAUGAACUUCGGGGCGUUUGGCGCCAUGCCCGCGGUGCAGACCAUGCACGACCCGUACGCUAAGAGGUUCUCAGGAAAUGCUAAUGCCAUCAAGAUCUGAUUAUGUACUCUAUCUAUGAACAUUCUAAUUUUGUGAUUAGUUUCAGAAUUGGUCACCUGUUGAAUCAUGCAUUAUUUUGUGAUUUGUGU